AUGAUGAUUCCGUGGCAUUUCCCGGCAAACUCGGCGUCUUCUGGCGAUGAAAUCUUCCGAAUGUUGCUCGCCGAACAGCAGAAAUGUCUUCGUCAACAGCCAACGCUUCAAGAAAACCUGCGGAACCUUCUCUCGGCCGCCAGUCCCUCUUGCUCACCUGAUCCCACCACUUUUGCCCAAACCCUUCAAACGUCGACUCAAAUGGCCGGAGCUGGAGCCGAGAACAACGUGUUGCCGAUUCAAUUUCAGCCACAACAGACCGUCAACCCGUUUUUCGCUUCUUUUGGACAACAACAGCCGUGGUUAGUGAGCGGGAGGAGACUUUUAUUUGAAAAGAAAAGCAACAUCAUCAACUUGCAGGUUUCUGAACCCGGAUCACCGUACGCACGCCGGAAACCGUACGAAACGAGCGAAGAAGGAGUUCAUCUGCAAGUACUGUGAUCGCCACUUCACCAAAUCCUACAACCUGAUGAUACACGAGCGAACGCACACGAACGAACGGCCCUACCAGUGCGACAUUUGCUCGAAGGCCUUCCGCCGACAGGAUCACCUUCGGGACCACCGCUACAUUCACGCGAAGGAGAAGCCGCACAAGUGCGACGUGUGCGGCAAAGGAUUCUGUCAGCAGAGGACGCUGAGUGUCCAUCGGGCAUGCCAUCAUCGGCUGAGGAUCGGGGAAGACGGACGGGUACUCGGGUUGGAGCCAAAUUCGAAUGACGAUCAGAAGAUUAUGGAUCCGUUGGCCCUGCUGAGUGUGAAUGUCAAACUCGAGGAGCCGUUCAUUGAUGUGACGAGCGACUAG